AUGAGACUCAACCCGGAGAAAUGCGCCUUUGGAGUUCAAGGAGGAAAAUUCCUUGGAUUUAUGCUAACCUCACGAGGAAUUGAAGCGAACUCUGAAAAAUGCGAAGCAAUAUUCAACAUGGCAAGCCCUAAAACGAUGAAAGAGGUACAACAAUUAGCAAGAAGGGUAGCCGCAGUAUCAAGCCGAUCAUACCUGUUCUUCCAGACGAUCUUAAAGAAUAAAAAAUUUCAGUGGAAAACAGAAUGCGAGAAGGCGUUUGCUGAGCUUAAAACUAUCUUAUCAUCACCACCAGUGCUGCAAAGACCUGUAGUUGGUAAACCACUAUAUUUAUAUUUGUCUAUUUCCAAUCACUCUAUAAGCUCGGCUCUUGUCAUUGAGAUAGGAAAGGCACAACAACCAGUAUACUUCGUCAGCAGAGUCAUGCAACCAGCGGAACAAAGGUAUCCGAGGAUAGAGCAGCUAGCCUUAACACUCGUGGUCACAGCAAGAAGACUAAGGCAGUAUUUCCAAAGCCGCACAAUAAUAGUAAGGACAAACCACCCACUAAGGCAAAUAUUGACAAAACCAGAACUAGCCGGACGCCUAACCAAAUCGUCAGUUGAGCUCUCAGAACUCGACAGUCAGUUUCAGCCUAGAUCAGCCAUCAAAGCACAGAUCCUCACCAAUUUCAUCACGGAACUAACUGCUGAUGAGCACAACAAAGCAUGGGAGUUACAUGUGGAUGGAGCGUCUAGUCGAGAAGAAAGUGGACCCGGGAUAAUCCUGAAAGAAGGAGACAAAGUGGUAGCUGAACAAGCUCUCCAGUUCCACUUCUCGGCCAGCAACAACCAGGCCGAGUAUGAGGCCCUCAUAGCAGGACUCAAGCUCGCCUUAAGCCAUCAAGUACAAAGCCUGACAGCACAUUGCGACUCCCUCCUGGUGGUCCAACAGAUCCGAGGAGAAUUCCAGGUAAAAGAUCCUUUGCUAGAACAAUACUGGCUCAUAGCAAAGGAUCUCAUUUCGAAAUUUAGCUCAUUUACUAUACUACAUGUGCAUAGAGAACAAAAUGUUAGAGCAGACAUUUUAUCCAAACUCGCCGCCACUAGGGCAGAUACACAAACAUCAGCACUAUCACAACUUACACUUACAAAACCCAGCAUUGAAUUAUUAUACAUAGAAAACAUUAACUGCCUCCAUGAUUGGAGAACACCUUUCCUUGAGUACAUAAAUACAGGUACCAUACCCAUGGACGAGCUCAACCCACAACAGUUCAGACGUAAAGCGAGCUUCUAUACAAAAAUAACAGGAGAGCUGUACAGGCGCGGUUUCUCACAACCAUUGCUAAAAUGCUUAAGCAAAGAUGACGCAAGAGAGGUGAUGGACGAGGUUCACGAGGGUGUAUGCGGAAAUCACAUAAAAGGACGAGCUCUCGCCACAAAGAUAGCCCGAACAGGAUACUACUGGCCAACCAUGAAGAGAGAUUGCAUAGCAAAAGUCCAGGCAUGUAACAAAUGCCAAAAACACGAAGUCAUCUCUACAAAGCCGGCCGAGGUAUUACACAGCAUGGAGGUAAGCUGGCCUUUCAACAGAUGGGGGCUCGAUAUCCUCGGCCCAUUUCCAAUAGCGUCAGGACAGGCCGAAGCUGCUAACCGAGUUGUAUUGCAGGCAAUAAAGAGAAAGCUCGAUAAUGCGAAGGGAGAAUGGGCCGAGCUAAUCCCAAAAAUAUUGUGGAGCUAUAACAUCACAGUACAUAACACCACGGGCGAAACACCCUUCAAGUUAGUCUGUGGCUCAGAAGCAUUAAUCCCCGUGGAAAUCGGGGUACCCACACUAAGAGCCAAGCUAUACAAUGAACAACAAAAUAUAAGUGCCAGAAAUAUUGAGCUUGACCUGGCCGAAGAAGACAGGAAAAUCGCCGCCAUCAAACAAAAAGCCCAGAAAAAACUGGCAGAAAGGAAGCACAAUAAGAGAGUAGUGCCAAGGACAUUUAUGGAAGACGACCUAGUACUUAGACGAACAGAAGAAUCCAGACGACCUCCAGCACACGGCAAGGUCGCCGCAAAUUGGGAAGGGCCUUUCCGAGUAGCAAAAGUACUCGGUAUGGGAGCAUACCAACUUCAGACGUUGCAAGGCAACACAAUACCAGGAAACUGGAAUAUCUCUUCAUUAAAGAUGUAUAGAUCAUAG